AUUCAGGCCGGACCCUCGUACAAGCACAACAGCUCGAGAUGAUCGAUUGUUCAGGUCGACAUCGUCGUUCCCAUCGGUACAUAUGUAAGAGGAGCAUUCCCUUUACACUAGCAUCACCCCCUCCUAUCUUCUUGAACAGCCACAGUCCUCCAUAUCAUCGAAAUCAAUCACCGAACAAGAACAACCGACACCAUGCCACCGGUCACCCGUAAUCAGAGCAUCACGAGCAUCAUCGACUUGACCUCGGACGACAUCGCACCCCCAUCCCCACCUCGACCUACAGUGGCCAAUCAUUCUAUGGCUCCUAGACGGAGGAUGCGGGAUGGCAGUACGUCUACUUCUACUACGACCGUGACGACGGGGAGUUCGGGGAGUGGAAGUCGGGGUGGGAGUCGGGGUGUUGGGAUCGGUCCGAGUUCGAGUGCGGGUAGGAGGAGGAACGGGAAUGCACUCAAGAAGAAUGAGGUUGUGGAUGAAGCGAACGAUUACGGUGAUAUCAACGGGAACGGUCCUUCGACCAUCAACGGGACCAGACCGAACGCAUCUACCUCUAAACCGUCCAGACCGAGUUUGAGGAGAAAGAGGUCUAGCUCGGAAUCGAGCAUCGUCGCUCUCGAAGCUCCUCCUGAGGGGAUGGUCGGAUUGGCGGGGAAGAGGCGGAAGGUCAACGGCAACGUCAACGGACAGGUCAACGGACAGGCUGAUAGGCCUGAUAGGAAGGUCAACGGCAAGGUCAACGGGAAGGGCAAAGCACGGGCUACGAGUGCGGAUCUGGAUAUGGACGGGGUCGAGAGGGGGAUUGAUGUUGAUGUGGAUGUGGAUCUGAGCUUGGACGAGGACGACCUUGAGAUUGGAGGAGGGAAGAGGAGGGUCAGGCGGGCAGGGUAUGGCGGAAUCGAGAUUGCAGAUGACGAAGAAACGGGACAUGCGGAGGGCGAUGAGGACGAUGUUGGUGACGGGCAUGGUGGGAUCAAUGGAAUUCCCGAAGAGAGCCUCUUGGCUAGUUUCCAAUGCCCGAUCUGCCUAGCACCGCCUAUUCAAGCCGUCUUGACCCCCUGUGGACACGUCACCUGCGGCGCCUGCCUAUUCUCAACCCUAAAAACGCAAGCUAUCCGAGAAAGACGUCCCCCGAACCCUACCGGCCAGCUCCCCACUUCGGGACCUGGGAUGAAGAAACCCCGAGGAAAGGCGGAUCAGGAAGCUUGGUUCAGGAGGUUCGGGGCUGAUCCGAAGACGGGGAGGAUCAGGGGGAAGAUCUUGACUGGGUCGUGUCCGGUCUGUCGACACGAUAUCGAAGGGGGACUCGGACAACCCGGGGAAGGAGGGUGUAUAUACCUCGAGAUAUGUACCGUCUCUUCGGUCUUAUAACCGGCUUACUUUCACGGAAUUCCGGUUCACGAGCAUGCAUGAUGGACGACGAAUUGGACGACGACACGGACGAAUGGACGACGACAUGGAUGGAUGGAGCUUCUUUCGACUGGCUGUAUUUGUGGUGUAGACUGGUGGGAGUGGGUUGUGAUUUAGUUGUAAAGCGUUUGAACGACAUAUACCUCCUUGGGACAUAACUUUUGCAUCCGACGAAUCGAGAUUGAGG